GUUCCCGUUGCAGACAGAGCGGCUAGAAAGUUGGCCAAGUUCUCGAGGCGUCCACAUCAAGAACGGGAGAAUCUCAAGACUCCUCUAUCGCCGCUCAGCACGAGACAUUUCCCUGAGCUAUUGACUCCCGACUUUCCCAUUUCCACACGCACUCUUCUUAUUUUGUAUCGUGAUUUUUGGGGAAAACAGAAACAGUUUGAAAUUGCCGUUCGCGAUUAUCUGUGUAUCUGAAAGUCGCUGUAGAUUCUUUUGCUCGACUAAUCUUCGGCGGAGUGGCUCCUAAGGCAGUACAUGGCGUUCGGUCUUCUGAGAGUAUCGUAGGAAAGUAUCUAAAAGCAGGGACUCGGCGCAUCAUCGGUGGAGUCGUGUAUAUUAUCCAGAAGGGAGUCUGUGGAUAGGUUUGCACGCAACGUGCUCGCAUCAUCCUGAACAUUUCCACACGCACUUUGAGAAAAUCGCGCAGCGUGUCGUCUAGAUACUUUGGACUAGGGUGGCUAGAAAGUCCCGAGAUCUUUCCGUCAUUUGCACUGAAUUUCUGCUCCCUCGAGGAUGUCUCAGCAAUAAUAGUCUUGGCUAUCUGGUCGUGCAACGGGUGAACGUGGCCGCCGGCGGACGUUCUUCUAGAUAUUCUGUAGAGUGGCUCGGGUUUGGCAAGAAGUGUCUCGAAAUAGACUUUUGGAUGAAUAAUUGCAGUGCGACAUCGACUCACUUGGCGUCUUUGGAAUGUGAAAUUUUGUAUAGUUUUCGAAGGAUUGUUGUUGCCGCCGCUGAUGUUGUUGUUGUCGUGUGAUUGCAUCCUGCAGUUUUUAUUCAGUUAUAAAUUCAUUUCGAAUAUAUAAUAAUAACGCGAGUGAAUCAGUUUUUUUUCUUGCAGUUUGGCUGCGAGAGAGUGAAAAGUAGAAUAAUUUUCUGAUGAUGAAUAUUUUGUAUUGCCGAUGGUGGAUGAAUUGCACGCUUGAUUUGCGGAUUAGGUGACCAAAAACUAGAUUUGUUGAAGGAAAGAAAGAAAUUGGUAAGCGCGUUUGGUGUUGUGAAAUUGUGGAAUCAGAAUGAAGUUGUGGAAAGCAAAGAAACCAAUCAGUUGUGUUCCGGGAAAAUCGAGCUUGUCGAAAAACGAGGAUAAGGUUGACUCUAUAGGGCUUCAGCCAACUAAUUCAGCUGUUUCUGGUGACCGCGCCAUGAGUCCUGCCCAGUCCGAAGACAGUGGUUUAGCCCCAGACCGGGGCACCACCUAUGCCACAAUUUCACUCCCCAGGGAGAAUGCACAAGCUAUGGGAAUUGUUUUUGCAGAACGUACGGACAUAUCAUACCCACCGAUGAUUGCUUCACUGAACGCACUUGGACCUGCUGCAGACUUUCUGGCACCGGCUGAUCGGAUCCAUCAAAUUGAUGGUAUCUCAACAAUUGGCCUAACUAAUCAGCACAUCAUGAGUCUUUUAUGCCACGGAGAAGGACCAGCCGUUGUCGAGAUUGAGUACUCCCUCCCAGAAUAUAUUUCCCAGAACAGUUUGUGUGUCACAUCCAAGUUGGCCCAGAUCACUGUGGAGCGCGAAAAUGGAUGUCUGGGCCUCACACUUCGCGGGGGCGGUGAUUUCCCGCUGAUCGUAACUCAUGUUCGACCACAUGGUCCGGUUUUCAAAACGGGUCGAAUAAAACCAGGUGAUCGUCUGUUACGUGUCGAUAAUAUUUCCUUGAUCAAUAAAUCAUUAUCGGAAGCUCAGCAGAUUCUCAAGUGUGGGCACGUUUCCGGCUAUACGAAUCUUAUGAUCGAAUAUGAUGUGUCGGUUAUGCAAAGCGUAGAGUUUUCCAUGGGGCCGUUGUUGAUUGAGAUCGAGCGCCCCUUCAAUGACAAGUUGGGCCUAAUAUUGAGCAAUUAUUCGCCGGUCCUGCACAAUGAUCACACAAAAAUAGACGAAGUCUCCCCGGCGGGGGUGUAUAUCGCGAGCAUAUUACCAGCCAGCAUUGCAGACAGAUGUGGGGCCCUAUCGGUAGGCGAUCAAAUCCUCUCAGUGGACGAGACUGUAAUCGAGAACACCGCUUUCAACCCGGAGGAUGUUAUGGCACUUUUGGACAGUACCACCGGCCGCGGCUACACACAAAUCCAAAUAAUGCCCGCACAUACACUUUCCAGAAGAGGAAUUCCUGUCGGUAGCCCCAAAUAUGGAUUCAGUACCUUAGAUUCGCGGAAAAUUCGCCAACGAAAAAUGGUGCGAAAAAGUUCACUACCAUUGGAAUCUGGCACCCUUCAUCCAAAUAUGGGAAUUUGUCGAUCAGAAACAGCCCAGAUUACUCUAGACUGUAGUCAUGGCUCUGGGAUCAUCCUAGGAGCCCAAACAGUCUGUGGUCGUGGCAUUAGCAUAGCACAAAUAAUACCUGAAUCCAAUGCCGAAAGGUGUGGUUGCAUCCAAAAAGGAGAUAGGAUAAUUGCCAUAAACAAAAUGUACAAUCUGGAUGUGAAUGCAGCUCGACAGCUUCUUGGAGAUAAUAACCCACGAGGGUUCCAAAGCCCUCAUUGGGUUGAAGUGGAGAUCGAAUUUGAUAUGGCGGAGACGGUGAUUCCGUCAAGUGGAGUUUUCAAUGUAAAGUUGGCGAAGAUGGGAAAGACUGGUUUAGGGAUUACAGUGAAUGGCUCUAAUCACGGGGCGUUCAUUAUAACAGAAGUGAAGCAAGGAAGCCCGGCACACAGGACAGGCUCUCUUAGAGCUGGAGACAUUCUGUUAGCAGUUGAUUCACAUCCUCUUCAACAUUUCAAUGUAGACGCCUUACUGAAGGAUAACAAGAACGAAUUCACUACUUUAACCAUUAAAAGAAAUGCCUUACCUGAUUUUUUGUUCGAUGCUCAGCAAAGGAUGAACCCAAUCUAUGGGAAUUGUGGCAACAAUGAUCACGAUAUAUACUCGUACGGACCACGCUAUGGAGACACUUCAACGUUUAAGUCAACAACUCCACAGCCAGAUUACUUUCGAAUGGAUGAUAUGAAGCAGUCCAUAGUUCAAAUAAGGAGGCCUUAUGCCGCUUCUAAGGCAUCCGAUAAACCAACAAUCGGGAGAGCUGUAGGAGCAGAGCAGACGCAAAGCCUGACAACGGAAAUUGCAGAUGAAUCUUAUCAUGAUCUGAGUCCUUAUGAGAUAGACUAUCCAUCGAGUAGGUUUAUGAACAUUGAUAGUCCAGACCUUCCUCCACCCAUGGAAAGUAAAACUUAUGAUCGUCACCAAUAUGUAACAACGGUGAGGCUGGAGCCAAAUGGAGGUCCUCUUGGCAUUACGUUAUCUGGCAGUGAAGACUUGCAGAAACCGAUCAUCAUUAGCGGGUUAAUUGAAGGAGGAGUGGCAUAUAAUACGGGAAAAAUUCGUGCUGGCGACUGUCUUCUGGCAAUCAAUGGGGAAUCAAUCCAGGGAAUGCCAUUAUCACAUGCCACCAAACUUUUACAAAAUUUAGACAAUGUUGUGGACUUAAAGAUAAUCCGAAAUGGUAAUGAGUCCGAUAGUCAACAGACUGGCGAAUCACAGAGCAAUCUGCCGCAACCACAAGCGGUCUAUGCCAAAGUCCAAAGAAGGCCGCGAAGUCCAUCGUUUACGGAUCUUCUCUCCAACACGAGUAAAGAUAGUAAACACCGGAUACUUCAUGUAACCUUGUACAAAGAUAAGGUUUACGACGAUUUCGGCUUUUCAGUAUCAGAUGGGCUGUACGAAAGGGGAGUCUACAUCAACCGGAUUCGCACAGGGGGCCCCGCUGAUUUGGUUGGAGUACUGAAACCUUUUGAUAGGAUAAUGCAGGUCAAUGGAACGAAAACUCAAGAUUUCGAUUGCUGUCUUACUGUGCCACUUAUAGCAGCAGCGGGCGAUAAAAUGGAUCUGAUUCUGCAGCGAACUUUAACUGAAUAAACCGGACAUCUUCCACCAUAAACCAAAGAAUGAUCAAUUACAUACAAUUAUGCUGAUAGUAAAAACAAUCCAAAGGCCUUUUAGACAGACAACAUUUUUAUACAAAGAAAUAACCAAAAACUCCACAAAAGAUUCUAGCCAUAAGAUUGAAGAACCAAAAAUUUAUUGUUAUUAUAUUUUUUAAGCUUCCAAGAGUGUGUUUGUUUGUUCCGAAUAUGUUUUCCGACUUUGUUUUGUUAGGCUACGACUGAACUGUUUGCAUUUUCAAUAACACAACUUCCCAACACUUAAACUUGUAAGAAAAUAACCGAAACUGAUACGCAUAUUACACACAAAGAUACUUUAGCAGUCUAACAGUGUUUAGCUUUUCGCAGUAAUUAUUAAAGACAUUUACAUAGAUAUGGAAUUCCAUAAAAUAGCGACGAUUAUAAUCCAUAACAACAUUAUUUGGGUAGAUCAAUAGUUGAUUGAAGCAAAAUAUUUAUGCAAAAUGAUGCAAAUGAAUAAUAUUUAUUUAUAGAUGAAUCAUUAAAUGAAUUUAUGAAAUUUCGAAGGAAACUGCCUACAGAAAGGAAGUAUAAAUAAAAAUAUAAAA